CUGCUCUGUCCACACCGUUCAAUAUGUUCUCCGUCCCUUGCUCUUCGUACCCCAUCUCUGCCGCCUUAUAUCUUACCGCGGCGUACUGGAGUGUUUGAGCGUCAUCGUAUUGAGAAGGGGCACAUGAACGCGUGCUCACGCGUCGUCUAUCUCUAAUUGAUGGGACAGGAGGGCGCACGGACGGUCGGUAGGGCGACACUGGGGCCACUGGUAAGGUAUCAGCACGUGCAAGGGGCUUGGGAGGUUUGAUACCUCCCUGGCCCGAUAUCCCAGAGGUUUACAUACCUCGUUGUAGGCUACUCCGUAUCCGACCGUCUGCGAUGCGCUACUUGCAAUGCUGUGUCCUACUGUCGUCUCCUUCAUCAGUCAUUGGACGUCGAGCGCCAUAAGCUGGAGUGUCGUGCUUCCAGGAAGCCCAGGCGCAGACCCACGCCAGUCGAAGUGCGCAAAGUUGAUUUCCUGCUCUUCCCUACCAACGCAUCGGCUCCAUACGUCAUUCAAGCCGACUGCCGUAUCCGCGCCAGUAGGGAGUAUAGUGGGGAGCAGCAACACGACGUAGACUGGAACACGUACUUCAGCGGACCAGUUCCCCUCACGUCCCUGCCCGUCGGUCCCGCCCAGCGUUCGUCACGCGGCGCUCCAUCCACCAGACUUUACCUCGCUUUUAGGGAUAGCUUCGCCAUCGAUGGAUCCCCGCCGAACCUUUGCGCGCGCAAGCUCACCGGCGGUCGGUCGCACGUCGAGUGGGCGGGCGUCCUCAUAGGCUACCGGGCCCGCGAACCCGCCGAACACCUCACACAAUUCUUCGACGUCGACAUGUCGGAUCUGCCCAGCUUCGUCGCGUUUCUGAAGAACCAUGGCUCCUCCGUCCCUCGUAGCCCCAGCAUCCGCGUACUCCAACUCGACGAACUCAAGGCCAUAGUGGCGAUGCUGCGGGGUCGCAACGCAUACUCAGAGGCCUUCUCUGCAUCCGGCUCCGCCCCGACCGGGCGUGCUCCGCGCGAGAGGAUGAUGCCAAACGCGUAUCCAACUACUCCUUGUCCCGAAACACAAGAAGAGCCGGAGGAAGCUUGGGAGCGCACUGUAGAGGGAUCCGGUGCUCCGGAGGAGACACUCGUAUUGACCGUUGAGGAGAUGAAAUUUGCGGUCUGGGAGGCGCUAACGUGUUAUAUCUUGGUCCUCUUCAUUUUGUACGGCUUGUGGCGUUUCGUGCUCCCGCCUGCGCUUACUUUGUUCUGGGCCGCCUUCCGCACGGUGCUCUCUGUUAUCGACCGGGCUCUCGAUAUUGUCGAUUGGGCUAUUUGGCCCAUUGCACUACUUACUUUCAUCUUGUAGGUGUGCGAAGCAGUGGAUGACUCUGCUCGGACAAUGCCAUCUAAUUCUGUAAUUGAC